UUGGGUUAAACUUGAUGAUCUGGAUCCAUUCCUGGUCAGGUACCAAAGGUCUACGCUCGCUCGAUGCCGGAGUCCCUCUUCCUCCAGUCUCCAGGCCGACGUGAUUGCGUCCCGAGGAAGAAUAACACGGAGAGAACAAAUUCCCAAAGCCGUGGUUGAAGAAUCAAAUACGUCGGACAGUGGGUAGGAUCGGAAGAGUCAACCAGAAGCUACAAGGUGAUAUGAAGGAGCCAAAAAUGAAAAAAAAACCGAUGUGGCGGCUACAAGACGGAGCCAUGAUGGAGCGUUGGGAGCGGACAAAUUAUGAUGAUAGUGGGACGUCAUUUUACAACCCAAAUAGAGAAGGUGUUACAAAUGAGGCAAUUAUGAAGGUUGGGCCAUGGGGUGGACAAAAAAGCAAGCCUAGUUACAUCAAGGUGGAACCACAACAUCUGAAUAGCAUCACAAUCCGUAGUGGAGAGGUCAUAUAUUCCUUUGCGUUUUCGUACAGUGACCACGGUGGAAAGCACCACCAUGAAGGUCCAUGGGGAGCUUGCGAGGGCUUCACUUACGGGAGCUUUGACACGAUUCAGCUAGGACCCUCGGAGUUUCUGACUGAAGUUUCUGGAACAGUUGGUUUCUCUACCAAAUAUUCUUCUGACGUUGUAACGUCUAUUAUGUUCCUCACCACUGUUCGUCGAUAUGGACCUUUUGGAGGAGGAGGAGGAACUCCUUUCCACAGUCCAGUGAUGAGCAAUGGCUGCAUCAUUGGCUUUUUCGCCCAUGUCGAUAGGGUAGUUGACGCAAUUGGUCUGUAUAUGAUCCCAGAGAGGGAACCAAUUAAGGAACAGGAUUCGAUUACAAAAAUUGGGCCAUGGGGAGGUUAUUCAGGGAAGCCUAAUGAUGUGGAUGUGUUGCCCCGACGUCUGAUAAGUGUGGUGCUUCAUAGUGGUAAUGUAAUCAACUCACUUAUGUUUACAUACAGUGAUUACGAUGAACAGCACCACACCGUUGGUCCAUGGGGGGCGAGUGAGCCUCUAGACGGGAGCUUUCAUGAGAUUAUUCUUGGGCGGUCAGAUUUUUUGAUUGAAGUUUCUGGAACAAUUGGUGGGAACUCCGAAUAUUCAGAUGUUAUAACAUCACUUUUCUUUCUCACCAAUACCGAUAGCUAUGGACCAUAUGGAAAUGGAGGGGGGACUCAUUUUCGCAGCCCUCUGCAGAGCAAUGGUAGUAUUGUUGGCUUCUUUGUCAAUGCUGGAGACGUGAUUGACGCAAUUGGUGUCUAUUUUAGCCCUGAGAGGGAGACAAUCAAAAACGAGGUGGAAGAAAGUUCUAGAAUUUCAGAUGCUUCAAGGGAAAGGGUGGACAUAAAAGCUGCAUUCGAUGUUCUAGAGAAUAUAAUAGUUGAGGAAAGUGCGGAGCCGGUGAAUCUGCCAUUAGCACUUUUACAACACAUUACUGAUGAUUUCGCCGAUAAGCGACAAAUUGGCCACGGUGGAUUUGGAGUCGUUUACAAGGGAGAUCUUCAAAACGGGAGCGUUGCUAUUAAAAGGCUUUUAAACAGCCAUACAAUCGAAGAGGAGCCAUUUUAUCGCGAGGCUACUUCUCUAAUCAGUGUAAAGCACCCAAAUAUAGUGAGGCUUCUAGGCUACUGUGCUAAUACUGAGGAGGAAGCAAUGAAACAUCCAGAUCCAGGGGAAACUUUGAAGUAUAUAUUUGUGGAGAUAAGGGAAAGAUUACUGUGUUUUGAAUAUAUCAAGAAUGGAAGCCUCGAUCAAUAUCUUACGGAUGAACUAAGGGGACUUGAAUGGCAUGAGCGGUUCCAACUAAUUCGAGGAAUUUGCAACGGACUGGCUUAUCUUCACAGGAAGGGUAUUGUUCACAGGGAUAUGAAACCUGCGAAUAUACUAAUUGAUGAUCUUAUGAUACCAAAGAUUACAGAUUUUGGUAUAUCAAAACUCCUUGAUGGAACGCACGCUGUCACUAGUAAUACCACAGGAACAUUUGGAUAUUGCGCUCCGGAAACCAUAAUGGAUGGUGUGGUUUCAAUCAAGUCAGACAUCUACAGCUUGGGUGUCAUAAUUACCGAGCUCGUGACUGGAUGCAAGGACGACCCUGAUAUUAAACAGGUGCUUAGAAAGUGGAGGUACAGGUGGAAUAGAGUAAAGAAGUAUCCAGCACUGGGCUACCAACAAAUAACUGAAUGCACUCAAAUUGCGGUAAGAUGCUUGUCAGUGUCCCCAAAGGAAAGACCUUAUAUAUGGGAAAUAGUAAGCAUGCUUAACGCAACGGAAGGCAACGAUGCCGAUGAAUCUGUUGUAGGCCUGAUAAGCCCUUACCCUUGGGAGCUGCUUGAAAUUGAACCACUGGAGCUUAAUUUCCCUUUCGAGAUAAACAAGCAGAUACCAUGCUCACUCCAGCUAACCAAUGUAACAGAUGAGUAUGUCGCCUUCGAUACGGAAAUGACAAGCAUGCUGCAAUACUGCACAGAGCCGGAGAUCGGUGUUGUGCCACCACGAUCCAAGUGCACUGUGACAGUAACACUGCAAGCGCGGGAGAGGGCUCCGCAUGAUACGGCCUCCAACGAUGAGUUCGUCGUGCGGUGCGCUAUUGUGGAUGAGGGCCUGGCUGCUGAGGAUAUCACCGAGGACAUGUUCGACAACAAGUCGGGCAAAGUGGUCGAUGAGGUGAGGUUGACGGUUGUUAUUUAGCGCAACGCAGUGGCACGAAGAACCUAACAUGUUUGCCGUGAGCAGUUCCCCAAACAAGGUUUUUCAUUAUUUUCCUAACUGUGGGAACAAGGUUUAUGAAGUACCCAGAUUGAUUUU